CCAGUGAUCCAGCUGUGGAGGCCGCGAUGGACGGCAGAAACCCCCGCGAGGUGUUCUAAGCGACAAAUGUGAGCGUUUUCUGAACCGGGCGCCCGAUUCCGCUCCGAGUGGCCAGCAGACAUCGUUCCGUGAGUGAAGCCCGCGCCGUUGGAAACUUCCGACGAGAUGGCAGGUGGCCAAGAUCCAAAAUGGCAGAAAGAUGCGGCGGAUCAAAACUUCGAUUAUAUGUUCAAAUUGCUCAUCAUCGGCAACAGCAGCGUGGGCAAGACUUCAUUCCUCUUCCGGUACGCAGACGAUUCCUUCACAUCUGCCUUCGUCUCCACCGUAGGCAUAGACUUCAAGGUGAAAACCGUAUUUCGGCACGACAAAAGAGUAAAACUACAGAUUUGGGAUACUGCUGGUCAAGAGAGGUACAGAACAAUCACAACAGCUUACUACAGAGGAGCAAUGGGCUUUAUCCUCAUGUAUGAUAUUACCAAUGAAGAGUCUUUUAAUAGUGUGCAAGACUGGGUUACCCAGAUAAAAACAUAUUCUUGGGACAAUGCGCAAGUCAUAUUAGUUGGUAACAAGUGUGACAUGGAAGAUGAACGAGUGAUCAGCUAUGAAAGAGGGAAGCAAUUGGCUGAGCAAUUGGGAAUCGAGUUUUUUGAAACAUCAGCAAAGGAAAAUGUAAAUGUGAAGACGGUAUUCGAGAGGUUAGUGGACAUCAUCUGUGACAAGAUGUCGGAGAGUUUGGACUCUGAUCCAAAUCUUAUGAAUGCAGGAUCCAAAGGAACGCGGUUGACAGAACAACCAACAGGACCGCAAAAUGGAAGUUGCAACUGCUAACCAUAUAUUUUUGCAGUUUUCUUCUUCAUACCAGUGUCCCUGGCAUUCAACAGAAUAAAACUACUAAUGUAAAAAGAUGAGAACAACAAAUAUCAUAGAAUUCUCCAUAAAAAAAACUAGAAAUUUUAAAAAAUUGAAAUGCCAAAAUGCUAAGUACACAAUUUUCAGCACAUGGUAUUAAUAAAAAUCUAUGACAGUAUGCAAGUGAAAGGAAUGAGAACGCUGGCACAUUGGACAGGAUAUUAAAAAUAACAGAACAGUGCAGACUGUUUAUAAGUUAAAGAAUCUGUGUAUAUGUAUGUAUGUUUAAUUUGUAGUUUUGAAAGUGAAUCUAUUCUAUUCUUUUAAGUGUAAGUUUCAGUGACAUUAUUUUUCUACACACUAUUAUGAAUAUGCUUCUCAAACUUAAAUUUCAAACUAUAUAAAACUACAAAGCAGAAGACUAUUUCAGGGAAAUGUUUGUGGUGAAUAAUAAACUGUGGCAUGGCUUGUACAUGAAAUCACAAGUAUCUAAAAACAUUUCUUUUUUGCUGGUUCUGUCGUGAAUCAUUAAUGUUCUUUUUCCGUUUUAAAAACGUCGUUGAAGGGAGGCCAACUGCACUGGCAUCAGGAAAAAUGAAAUUAAGAAAAUUAUGUAAAAUGUUCUCAGGCAUGGAAUUUACUCAUUCCACAUUCCAUGUUUCAAAAAAGCUUACCAUUCAUGCUAUGAUAGGUAAUGCUGUUAAUUUUCAGUCAAUUUUACAUGUAUUCAUCACACAAAGUGCUUGCAAUGAAUUGGCCUGUGAGGCAUUUUAGAUUACAUAAAUGUUUCACAUUAGGAAGGAUCAUUUGUUUCCAGUAUCAAAGGUACAUCAGCAAGACAAAAAUGCCUACUUAUAAUAGAAUCAAUGACAGGGUAUAAACUGUUUGAUAUUACACCAGCCAUGAUGAAAAGCUUGAAUGAAAAUUGAUUGGCAUACAUGUAAUUGUUGAAAAAAAAUACUACAAGUAAGUCAAUAUCACCCAAGCAUGAUGUUAAAUCAGUGAUAGUCUCUUAAUCAGAAUUAUUACUUCACAAUUAUUAUGUUUUUUUCUACUUGUAAAUACUUUAGUUAUCUUGAACUAUAAAAAAGUUUUUAAUGACCUGCACUGACAUAAGAUGAUUAAGUUUGCUCUCUGUGUGAAUUAAUAUUAGUUUUAUUUCAUUUACGACACAACAUAAAUCCAAAUUUGAAAACCAUAAAAUGGACCAACUUCUGCCAUCUCACUUGUAAAUAUCUGUCAGAAGUGUAACACAGUUCUAAUUGCAAAUGUGAGAUAAUCUUCAAGAGAAAUUAAUUAUAUCCAGAAUACCAAGAAGAGUGAUGUAGAUGUAUAUUGUGUAUAACAAUGUUUGUCAAUAAACAUGUCAGUAGCCUUGUAUAACUAACUGCAGAAAGCAUUGCAGAUUAAGAGUAAUAACAUUAAGGAGUAUUGAUAAAAUCAUUAAAAACAAGUAAAAACAACUAGUCAAGAAUGUUUUAACAUAUAUUAAUAUAUAAAUAUACUAAGAAUUGUUUCAUGAUUGUGAAUUGUACAUAGAGAAAUGUAAGCAAUUAGUACUUAAUUUGUUGAUACAUAUAUAUGAAUCUUUGAACAAAUUGUCUAUUCUUCUGGAAGUACAUCACUGGUGGCUACAAGAUCUAUUUGAUCUCGAUUCUCUCAUUAAAAUUAUCAAUAUGUUUGAUGAUAUGUGCGGUGUUGCAAUAUAAAUCAAAUCCAGGAUGACAAAAACAAAAGCAACAAUCUACUCAAUGGCCUCAUAACUAUAUACUACCUAGGGAAAUGUAAGUCAAUUGUUUAGUAAUAGAAAUUAAUUGUAUCACUCCACACUGUGGACACAUUUGUCUGUUAGUAAAAACUGUAACUGUCUUGACAUUGUGGUAUCAACUGCUGUAUUUCUAUGGUUGUCACAUUGUUUGUCAUGGUUUCUAUUGUUCCUUCACAAUAUCACAUCCUACAAAUGCAGUAAACUCUCUACUACAUGUUAAUAAUUUUCAAAAACUGCUGGAAUUUAUAAAGAUAAUGUGCCAAGGUCUUUGCAAUUCACAAAUAACCAAAACUAAAAAUGUAUUUUUAAGUGUACCACAUCAAAAUCAAAUAAGAAAACUUAUCUGAUGAAUUGUAUCACAACACGCUUACUGAUAGGAGUAUUAUUUAAUUACACCUUUAAUGACAAAAUAUAUUUUAAGUAUAAUGUGAAACAGAGAAAGAAUUCUAUAUCAGCAAUAAUAUGGUUGUUUUAAUUAUUUCACAACAUUGUAACUUUUUUAAAUUAAUUUAUUAUAUAUUAAAUGUAAAAGUUAUCAUCAAUAUUGCUGCACUUAUAAUUGGUUGUACAGAACAGCAAAAAAA